GUUCAAUAUAAUAUGUUUCAUCGUGAUCGGGUAGAACUAGAAUAUGUGCACUUGUUCAAUCGGUAUAAAUUGGGUACCGCUAUCUGGUCUCCACUUGCUAGUGGGAUUUUAACGGGAAAGCAUAAUGAAAAAAUAGCUGAAGAUUCCAGGCUAGCAUUGAAAGAAAAUGCCCCUAUUGCAAAAAAAGUCGGCGGUACACCUGCACAACUUGCGCUCGCAUGGUGCAUGAAACAGCCUCACAUAGACACUGUAAUCACAGGUGUUUCUAAACCAGAACAGAUGGAAGAAAAUCUACGCGCCAUGGAGUUAGUAUCAAAGUUAACACCAGAAAUAUUACAAGAAAUCGAGGAGGUACUCGAUAAUCAACCGACUCCUAUAUUUAACUUUAGAGAUUCAUAA